AUGCUAAGCUUUCUGUGCAAAAAGAAAUUCAGAAAGAUGAACGGUCAUGUUCUGAAAGAGAGAAAACUUUUAAUGAUAUCAAGUGUUGCUGAAAAUCUGAGAAUUCACGCAGGAGAGAAGCUAUAUUCAUGUUCAGAAUGUGAGAAAUGUUUUAAUCAGAAAUCAAGUCUUAAUAGACAUAAAAAUAUUCACACAGGAGAGAAGCCAUAUUCAUGUCCUGAAUGUAAUAAGUGUUUUAAUCAGAAAUCAAAUCUUGAUAAACAUCUGAGAACUCACACAGGAGAGAAGCCAUAUUCAUGUCCUGAAUGUGAGACAUGUUUUACUGAAAAAUCAAGUCUUAUUAAACACCAAAGAAAUCACACAGGAGAGAAGCCAUUUCAAUGUCCUGAAUGUGAGAAAUGUUUUACUGAUAAAUCAAGUCUUAAUAAACAUCAAAGAAUUCACACAGGAGAGAAGCCAUAUUCAUGUCCUGAAUGUGAGCAGUGCUUUAAUCGGAAAUCAAAUCUUGAUACACAUCAAAGAAUUCACACAGGAGAGAAGCCAUAUUCAUGUCCUGAAUGUGAGCAGUGCUUUAAUCGGAAAUCAAAUCUUGAUACACAUCAAAGAAUUCACACAGGAGAGAAGCCAUUUCCAUGUCCUGAAUGUAUGAAGUCAUUCAAAAGUAAAUAUCAUCUUGAGAGUCAUCAGAUAAUUCAUACAGGAGAGAAGCCAUAUUCAUGUCCUGAAUGCAGGAAGUCAUUUAAACGUAAAGAUAAUUUUGAGACUCAUCUGAAAAUUCACACAGGAGAGAAGCCA